GGUGCCAGCGCUCGGGGCGGCGGAGGCGCAGCGCAGGGUCCGCGCCGGGGUUCGGGGCUCCGCCGCACCCCCCCCUUUACCGGACCAUGAACACCGUCCGCCCCGCCGCGCCUCCCGCGCCGCGCCGCCGCCGCCGCCGCCGCUAGCAUCGCCCCGGGGACCGGGCGGUGCGGGACGGGACCGGGGUGGGGCGGGGGGGGGACGCAGGCGCCCAGGCGGCGGGGCUGCCCGGCCGGGGGAUGUGAAUGGCGCUGGGGGUUCUCGGCGGGACCGACAUGGAGUGGGAGAAGCUGCCGCGGCGGCCCGGGGAAGGCGAGGGGGAGCCGGCGGGGCCCUGGCCGGGCUGCGGGCGGCUGCGGCCCUCCUCGUACCGGGCGCUGCGCAGCGCUGUCUCUACCCUGGCGCGCAUCGACGACUUCUACUGCGAGAAGAUCGGGGCCGGCUUCUUCUCCGAGGUCUUCAAGGUGCGGCACCGCCAGUCAGGGCAGAUCAUGGUGCUGAAGAUGAACAAGCUGACCAGCAACCGGGGCAACAUGCUGCGGGAGGUGCAGCUGAUGAACCGCCUCUCACACCCCAACAUCCUCAGGUUCAUGGGUGUGUGUGUACAUGAGGGACAGCUGCACGCGCUGACGGAGUACAUCAAUGGUGGGAACCUGGAGCAGCUGCUGGACAGCCCUGUGCCCCUCUCCUGGUCCAUGCGUGUCAAGCUGGCCCUCGACAUCGCCCGUGGCCUGCGCUACCUGCACUCCAAGGGCAUCUUCCACCGUGACCUCACCUCCAAGAACUGCCUGGUGCGCUGCGAGGCCAAUGGCUACACGGCUGUAGUGGGUGAUUUCGGCUUGGCAGAGAAGAUCCCCACCUACAGCGAGGGCAGCGAGAAGGAGCCGCUGGCCGUGGUGGGCUCCCCAUACUGGAUGGCGCCCGAGGUGCUGCGAGGGGAGAUCUACAACGAGAAGGCUGAUGUGUUCGCGUACGGCAUCAUCCUGUGCGAGACCAUUGCUCGCGUCCCUGCUGACCCUGACUACCUGCCCCGCACCGAGGAUUUUGGUCUGGAUAUCACCACUUUCCGCACCAUGGUGGGAAUCGACUGCCCAGCGGCCUUCCUCCAGCUCGCUUUCCACUGCUGCAGUAUGGAGCCCACCUCCCGCCCCUCAUUCCUGGAAAUCACGCAGUGCCUGGAGGGUGUCCUGCAGCACCAGCCGGGUUCUGAGGGUGCCGGGGCCACCUUCUUCAGCGGUGGGGAGAGCCUGCCUGCACCUGGGACAGCAGCCACGCUCAACGGGGUAGCCGGGAGGGUGGCCAGCCACGCUGAGCAGUCGCCCCUACAUGAGUUGGGGACACAGCACCUGCAGCUGGACCAGCGCCUGUCCCGCAGCCAGUCCGACAUGUUGCCCCUCAAAUCACCUGCCCUGCUGUGGCCGCCAGAGCCUUGCAGCGGGGCCAGGACCAAGGAGACACCCGCCCGCGUAAACCCCUUCUCCCAGCGUGAGGACCUGAAGGGGGGGAAGAUCAAGCUCUUCGACACGCCGAGCAAGUCGGUCAUCUCACUCACCUUCGACCUGCCACCCCCUGCCCCACUCCAGCUCAGCACCCCUGUGACGCCGGAGCCUGCCAUGGAGGUGCAGUGUGACUUCUCGGCUCCCGCCGCCACCCCCCGAAAGUGCCACUCACUGCCUGCCUCCCCAGAGCUGCCCCGCCGGGGGGACCUGGCGCUGGGCGUGGGGUCCCCCCAUCCCACUGAUGACCCCCAGCCCCCCGCCCUCCUUCCUCCUCCAGUUUGGGGACGAGCCUCCCCCUCCAGCUCCAGGGUGGAGGAGUGGAUGGACUGCGGCCCAGACAGCCCUGAGCCACUGCAGCCCCCACUCCUGCCCCCCAACAGCAAUUUCAUCCGCACAGCAUCCUCGGGUGCCCAACCCUGGCAGCCAGAGCCACGAGCCCCCAACGGGCUCCUCUUCAACAACAACCAUGUGGUGGUCAGCAAACCCCUGGCUUGGGGCAGUGGGCUGGAGCACGGCUUUUCCGAGCUCAGCAUCCCCUGCGCGGCGGCCCUGGAGCGCACAGAGCGCGCAGCCAUGCUGCCUGGGCAUGGCUCCAGUGCCGUGCUGGAGCAGGAUGAGGUGCUGGCCUGCCCCGGCUGCUGCCUGGGUCCCUUCAGUUUCAGUUUUGCCUCUGUCUGCCACCAGCCAGCACCCAGCCCGCCUCGCUACCAGAACCUCAACUGUGAGGCCAAAAGCCUCCUCUGCCAUGACCGGGGCCGCCACCAGAAAGCCCCGGGGCCGGUGCUGGCAGAGCCCAGCCUGAAGCUGCCAGAGGCACAGUCCUAGUGCUGGGGACCCCAGGGGAGCGGGGCUGUGUCCAGCCGCCCCUCGGACCUCUCCGCCACCACAGCGCCGAGCAGGUGUGGGGACCCGGCACAUCUCCAUGGUCCAUCCUCGCUCACCAUGGUGCCCUGUGCUGUGGCCACCAUGGUGCUGCCCAGGCGCUUGGGCACCUGUCUCACUGGGAUCAGCCUCAGUGGUCUGUGGGGAGCCCUGGGUGUGGGCUGGGUCCCUGCCGGGGACUGAAGUGCAAUAACACCCCUGCCCUGGGCACACUACAGCACUGCCCUGGGCAGCAGGGCUGGUCCCCCAUGGGGCCCCCAGGGCUCAUACCCUGGAUGUGGGACCCCCCCUUCCCCAAGGGCUCACCCCAUUGUGGGCUCUCAGGAGAACUGGGAGCCCCCUGCAGCCACCCCAGUCCAGGGGGUGAGCUGGGCUGGGCUGAGGACAAAGGGGUCAGUGUGUGUGUAUAUGUGUUUUUUUUGGGGAUCUUAUGAGGCUGGUGUGUGUCCCCACGCUUCCCUAUAAGCAUGGGGAGCACAACCAGUCUCUGACAUGGAGGGAGGCAUGCAGGGGUCCAUGAGAGGGGCGAUGCCCAUGGGGCAGUGCACAGGCAGGAUUGCCAGUGCUGGCGUUGCCCCCACCCACCCAAUGCCGAGGGCUGGGUGCUAAGCCAGCACAGUGCCCCGUGUCCCCCUGGCACAUGGGGUCAGAAGUGGGGUGCCAUCCUGGCACUGGGAGGAAGGGGCCAGUGAGCAGCACAGCCAGGCUGCCCAGCCCCUGGCAAGGAUGGGAGCCGGCUUUCCUCUCUCCCUCACAAUGCACUGGUGAAUGCAGAACUCUUGUGUUUUUUAUUAUUAAUAAUAAUAAUUGCUAGUAAUAUAUACCCAGCUUAUUUAAAGUGUUCAAUAAAAACUGAAUGUCCCAGCAA